UUUAUUUUUCUUUUUAAGGGUUUCUCUUAAACCUCGCCGUCCAUCAGCCUUCAGCCGCGCCUCUCUCUCUCUCUCUCUCUCUCGGCCUCUCGUGAGACCCAACCGGCAGGCUGCCCAGCUCACCCUGUCAAUCGCUACUUCCGAAGUAUGAAGAGGAAAAAGCAAAAGCCUACAACUGAUUCCCAACCUGAUACUGAUUUGAAGUCUAUCAUUCAUCAGCAUUCUUUGUUUUUUGACAAGUUAAUUGAGUUAAUCCCUGCAAAGUUCUAUCUACCCAAUGAUGAUAAGGAUAAGCCAUGGUUUCAGGGCCUCAGUAAGGCUGAAAAAGCUUUGGCAAAGAAGGGGUCGAGGGAGAACAUUAAGAAAGCUCGUAGAGAUCGUUUGGAUCCAGAAAAGUCUUCCACAACCACCCUUGAUUUGCUAAAGCAAAGCUUAGAGAAAGAGCAAACAAAUGAUAAUGACAAUGAGGAAGUAGAAACUAAACCUAUGCUUUCUGGCCUUGAAGAUAAUAAUCGUCAGGUGACGCUAGAGGAACUUCGGCAACGGCUGCAUCUAAAAAUUGAACAGUCCCGAGCAAAUAGGCAUUAUGGAGAUUCAAAUAGAGCAAAGAAGAGGAAUUGGAAAGAUGAUGAGAAUGGAAUUCAGCUGAAGAAGCGCAAGAGAGACAGUGUUUCUGAUGAAAAGAAGCCAACUGCUAGUAGUUCUGCAGAUAAAAUAGAUAAGGAUAUAGCUGAGGCUUCAAAGGAACUUGCAUUUACUCAUGUCAAACUUGGGAAUGACGAAGAGCUUGGAAAGAAGAAGAGGAAACUUUCAAAGAUUAAGGAGCUUGAAAGGGCAAAGAAACUGCAUGAAGCAAAGAGAGAUCCUGAGAAAGGUCAGUUCAAUUCCAAGAAGCAUUCGUGGAAAGCAGCAACGAGUAGAGCAGCUGGGAUUAAGGUGCAUGACGAUCCAAACCUGUUGAAAAGGAGCAUACAAAAGGAUAAGAAGAGGCAUCAGAAGAAUGCCGAGAAAUGGAAAGAGAGGGUGCAGACUACAAAGAAGAUGAAAGCAGAGAAACAGCAAAAGAGAUCAGAAAAUAUAUCACAGAAGAUUCAUGACAAGAAAAUGCGGCGAAUUGCAAAGAGGGAGAAGAAGCUAAUGCGGCCAGGAUCUGGAGGACGCAAGGAAAGUUUAUAACGGAAGUAGUGCCUCAUAAAAUUUUUGAGUUUCUCCCUCUUAUGUCGCCUUUUUCCCCUUACAUCGAGUGACCUAAAUAGCAUAUCAAAAUUCAGUGAAAUCCCACCCUCGCCUUCCCCUUCUCUCUCUUCCUCUGUUCAAGUAAAGUAGAUGAAUGUUGUUGUAAGAGUCAACUUUCAGUUGAUAUCUGCAAGUGUUUUUUGCUGAUAUCAAAUGGUAUUUCUGACACAACAGAAGUUUUCUGGUUUGAAUUUCAA